AUGGACAAAGGACUCCCUGACCCAGCGUUGACCUUUACCAUUCCCAGUAUCCAAGACGGCACGGUGCUCGACUGUCGCAUAUACCAUCCAGCCUCACUCUCUGCAAACCCGCGAUCUCCAGCAUGGACGAAGCAUGCUGCAAUCCUUGCGCACCCAUAUGCGCCGCUAGGGGGCAGCUAUGACGAUCCAGUAUUAGAGGUUAUUGCGGCUACCCUGCUGCGGUGCGGAUAUCUAGUAGCUACUUUCAACUUUCGCGGUGCUGGCCACUCUGCCGGAAAGACCUCGUGGUCAGCGAAGCCCGAACGAGAAGAUUACAUGAGUGUCGUCGGAUUCAUCGUCUACUACAUACACACACUCGACCCCUUCAAGGCGCGCAAACAGUGCCGUCUCGACAACGAGGACCCCGCACCAACUGCCUCCCCAACGCUGUUAAUGGCCGGUUACUCGUACGGCGCGAUGGUUACAAUGUCGAUACCACCCCUCACAAAUAUUCUUGAGCUUUUUGCGACGCCAGAAAGCCACGCACACGCUGCGCAGAUUCGUCUUCGCGCAGAGAGCCUAGCGGAGCAACAGAACGACGUCCUCGGUGAUGCGCGAGCUGCUCUCUUGCAGCAUCGCAGCCCGAGUAGUCCGACAAAACGGUCCAUUCGAAUCGGUGGCGAAGAGGGUUCACAGUCACCAAGACACAGCGGAGACAGUUUCGAUCGGAGAAGUUUCUCCGGGGACCAUGAGGAAGGGUUCCGACAUAGCGUGCACGAGCUACUACAUAAACGCAAAGUCCUACGUCACGGAUUACAUUUACAUAAAGAUAAGCAUGGGAAGCGUAGCCAUACCCCGGAGCAGGAUAACGCAGACGGGAAACUGCAUGCUAUUGUUGGCCUUACUGUUCCCAAGACGGCAUAUCUCCUGGUAUCGCCGCUACAAGGCAUAGUCCCGCACUUACUGGCACUUAAUCUCGCAACGUCGGCAUUUACGCGGUCACGGCACCCCGAAGCACAAGCUGCAGAGGAUAAGCUAGUAGAGAAUCACACUCUUGCCAUCUUUGGCGACACGGAUGUGUUUGUUGGCAUCACAAAGCUGCGGUCGUGGGAGCAGCGGCUACGAGGGCAAGACGGGUCCAAGUUUCGAGGCUUAGAGGUGGCCACGGGUGGUCACUUUUGGGUAGAGCAGGGUGUUUUGGUCAAGGCCACAGAGGCCAUCAAGGAGUUUUCGGCAGAGCUUUUGGACAUGUAG